CACCCUUCUGCAACCCAUUAAAACGCUUCAAAAUGGGCUUCUUCAGCUUCCUCUUUCUCUUUACUCUUUUCUUCAUUCAACCCCGUUUCAUCAUUUGCAGAGCUCUUGAGUCUGAAACUGAUGAUGAGAGCCCAUUUUCUUACAUUGAAGGAACUGGUAAAGGACCUAAGAAGUGGGGUGAGAUUGAUCCACAUUGGAAGAUUUGUGACAAGGGAAAAUUACAGUCUCCCAUUGAUCUUCUUGACCAAAGGGUUCAAGUUUUUCCCAAUCUAGGGAAAUUGAAAAGAGAUUACAGACCAGCUCCAGCUACUGUCAGGAAUAGGGGACAUGAUAUUACAGUAUAGUACAUAUAUGUGUUAGACAUCAAAUCAACAUUAGUCCUACUCAGUGGGUACAGGUGUUAGUAAUAGCCAUCUCUCACAUGCAGUAUAUUACCAGAGUUAACAAUGCCUUGAGGAGGGUUUUAG